AUGGCAAAUGAAGGUCAAUCAGAUAGCUUUGGCAAAGCUCAUAAAUCUCUUAAUGUAAUGCACAAACCCCUCGGUCAAUUCGCCAAAGGAACUGGAUUUUAUAGGAAUGGACAAUGUGAUGUUGGACCAGAGGAUACGGGAAAUCAUUCCAUUGCUGACAGCUUUCUCGAUUUCUCUGCCUCCCGUGGCAAUAAUCUUCGUACUAUUGGCCUCACUGGAGGAAAGAAGUGGUGUCUAUGUGCUAGUCGCUGGAAGGAAGCAAUGGAAGCAGCGAAAAAUUCUAGUGAGAAGGAUUUAGUGCCAAAAGUGCAUUUACAUGCUACGCAUGAGAAAGCUUUAGACGUGGUCUCACUAGCAGAUCUAAAGAAAUAUGCCGCAGAACCAGAAGCUGCAGAUGCGAGCACGGUGCCUCAGAGUAGAAAAGGAAAUAAUUAUCCCGGGGGCGUCCCUACAAAGGAGAAAACGGAGUUUGCAAAUGCGGGAGAAAUGACUUCGAGUCGGUAUAGGGGGAAUUAUUAG